AUGUAUGCCAGCCAUGUUUCACUCUUACUGGCCUCUUGCUUGGCCCUUUCUAUGCGAUCAGUUGAAGCACAAUUUUUCUACCAUCAGGGCCUGAGUAACGCCCUGCCCAGUUUGUCUCUAACGGCGGCCUCACACUAUGAGCCCGCAUCGGCAUAUCAAGGAUAUGCAACAGCCGACGCACAUCCUUCUGUAGUUAAGAACGCCCAAUGGGAAUCCGAGCUACCUCCAGAACUGUCAAAGAGUGCGCGUUUCUACAGUGAUCCGCACAUUGCAGCCAACUUGGCUAAGGAGUCGUUACUUACACGCAAGGAAUCGGCCGUGGUGGACCGUGAGGCAGAGAAAAUUCCACGCGAAGAGGUCUAUAAGCUAUUAAAAAAUGCCGGCUACCUAAGUCGAAGAUAA